AGAUUACGUGGUUCUUAAGCGCACGCGCGGGUGUGUUCGUUCUUUUUUUUUUAAUCCCUGAGCCUUGGUUGAGUCCAAAAUGAGUAGUAAAGUUUCUCGCGAUACCCUGUAUGAGGGAGUGAGGGAAGUACUAGUUGGAGCAAAACGGAAGAAGAGAAAGUUUCUGCAAACUGUGGAGCUCCAGAUCAGCCUAAAAAACUAUGACCCUCAAAAGGACAAACGUUUCUCUGGAACAGUCAGACUAAAGUCUACACCAAGACCCAAAUUUUCAGUUUGUGUCUUGGGAGAUCAGCAACAUUGUGAUGAGGCAAAAGCGGUUGACUUGCCUCACAUGGACAUAGAAGCCCUUAAGAAGUUAAACAAAAACAAGAAGCUAGUGAAAAAGCUGGCUAAGAAGUAUGAUGCGUUUUUGGCCUCUGAAUCACUGAUCAAGCAAAUUCCUCGUAUUUUGGGACCUGGUUUGAACAAGGCUGGCAAAUUUCCUUCCUUGCUAACACAUAAUGAAAACAUGGUUGCUAAAGUUGAUGAAGUGAAGUCCACCAUUAAGUUCCAGAUGAAAAAGGUCCUAUGUCUGGCUGUGGCUGUUGGUCAUGUAAAAAUGACCGAGGAAGAGCUUGUCUACAACAUCCAUCUGGCAAUUAACUUCUUGGUAUCUCUAUUGAAAAAGAAUUGGCAGAACGUGAGGGCACUUUAUAUCAAGAGCACCAUGGGCAAGCCACAGCGCCUGUACUAAUUUGUGAUGACAAUAAAGUUUUUCAUUGCAAUGCC